GCACCGACCAGGAAACAUGGAACGGCCGAGCUUCGGGCAGAUCAUCCUUCUGGCUUCUAGUUCUGCAGUUACCGCCAUCUUCUACACGGUGUACCGUCAUAAGUACCUCGCUGCUCAGUCACUGAAGGGAGCCAAGAAAAUCUCCCUGGACAAUGACUUGCAGAACUUCCUCAUGGACUUGCCCGGGAAGUGCGUCCCGUAUGCCGUUAUUGAAGGCGUGGUGCGAGCGGCAAAGGAUUCCCUCAGCAGUCAGUUCAUGGACAGCUGUAAAGGAGUGAUCCACAGACUGUCCCUGAAGGAGCACAAGAUGGUCUGGAACCGGACCACGCAUCUGUGGAAUGACCACGAGAAAGUCAUCCACCAGCGAACGAACACGGUGCCCUUUGACCUGGUCCCGGAGGAAGCGGAGGCCGGCGGCCUCGCCGUCCGAGUCGUGAAGCCGUUAGAGGCCACCGAGUUAGACUUGGAGACCAUCUACGAGAAGUUUCACCCCGCCGUUCAGUCCUUCAGCAACACGCUGGGACACUUCCUGACCGGCGAGCGCCCCAAGGGGGUCCAGGAGACGGAGGAGAUGCUGCAAAUCGGGGCGACGGUGACGGGGGUGGGCGAGCUGGUCCUGGACAAUAAGACGAUCAAGCUGCAGCCUCCGAAGGCCGGCAUGCGCUAUUACCUCAGCAAGCUAGACUUCGAGUCCCUGGUGCAGAGGCAGGAGUCCCAGGUGCGCGUGUGGAAGGUGCUGUGCCUCCUGUGCGGCGUGGCCACCUGCGUCACCCUCUUCUUCAUCCUCCGGCGCCAGUACAGGCACUGCAGGGAGAAGCAGCGCCUGAAGAAGCUUCAGCAGGAGUUCGAGGAGGCCAGAGAGAGGCUGGGGGAGGACGGGGCCGAGGAGGCCAGGAACACAUGCAUCAUCUGCCUGGCCAACCAGAAAUCCUCCGUCUUCCUGGAGUGUGGCCACGUCUGCUCCUGCUACCAGUGCUACCAGGCUCUGCCCGCGCCCAAAAAGUGCCCCGUGUGCAGGAACGGGGUCAGAACGUUGGCCGCAGGGGGUCAGAACUUGCCCGCAGGGGAUCAGAACUUGCCUGCAGGGGAUCAGAACUUUCCUGGAGGCUGUAAGAACGUACCCGCAGGGGGUCAGAACUUUCCCGGAGGGGGUCAGAGGUUUCCCGGAGGGGGGCAGAGGUUUCCCAGAGGGGGUCAGAACUUGCCCGGAGGGGGUCAGAACUUGCCCGGAGGGGGUCAGAGGUUUCCCGGAGGGGGUCAGAACUUGCCCGGAGGGGGUCAGAGGUUUCCCAGAGGGGGUCAGAACUUGCCCGGAGGGGGUCAGAACUUGCCCGGAGGGGGUCAGAACUUGCCCGGAGGGGGUCAGAACUUGCCCGGAGGGGGUCAGAGGUUUCCCGGAGGGGUCAGAACUUGCCCGGAGGGGGUCAGAGGUUUCCCGGAGGGGGUCAGAACUUGCCCGGAGGGGGUCAGAACUUGCCCGGUGGGGGUCAGAGGUUUCCCGGAGGGGUCGGAACUUGCCUGUAAAUGA